CCAUGGGGGUGUUGAUGUCCAAGCGGCAGACAGUAGAGCAGGUGCAAAAAGUGAGCCUGGCUGUCUCCGCCUUCAAGGAUGGGCUACGGGACAGGCCUUCCAUCAGACGUGGGGGUGAGCUGCCAGGGUCCCGCCGUGGCACUGUGGAGGGCUCUGUUCAGGAAGUACAGGAGGAGAAAGAAGCCGAGACAAGUGGCCCCGUGGUCCAGGAAGAGAGCAGCAUCAACCGUGCAGCCUGGGAGCGGCUCCGAGACGGGCGUGGGGUGGAGCCUGAGGAGUUUGACAGGACCAGCCGGUUCACACCCCCUGCCUUCAUCCGCCCCACUCGGAAGCUGGACGACGACAAACCUCCAGACAUCUGCCUGGAACCCCGGGAGCCUGUUGUCAACGAUGAGAUGUGUGACAUCUGCGAAGUCUGGACGGCUGAGAGCCUCUUCCCCUGCCGAGUCUGCACCAGGGUUUUCCACGAUGGUUGCCUGCGCCGCAUGGGCUACCUCCAAGGGGACAGUGCGGUGGAGGUGACUGAGACGGCCCACACAGAGAUAGGCUGGAGCUGCUACUACUGUGACAACCUUAACCUGUUGCUUACUGAGGAGGAGAUGUACAGCCUCAUGGAGACCUUUCAGCGGUGUAAAGUCAUCCCUGAUUGCUCCCUGACACUGGAGGACUUUGUGCGCUACCGUCACCAAGCAGCAAAGCGAGGGGACAGCAGCAGGGCCCUGAGUGACGAGCAAGAGGAGCAGGCGGCCCGCCAGUUUGCAGCCUUGGACCCCGAACAUCGAGGGCGUAUAGAGUGGUCCGACUUCUUGUCCCACGAAUCCCUCCUCCUACUGCAGCAGCUCCGUCCCCAGAACUCUCUAUUGAGGCUUCUUACCGUCAAGGAGAGGGAGCGAGCCCGGGCCACCUUCCUGGCACGGGGCAGUGGGAGCAGCAUCACUGAGGCAGAAUGCCACCAUGCCCGCCACUCUUGGUUCUGUAAACGCCUUGCAGAUGCUUCUUCUUGCAGCAUCAGCAUCAGCCAUGUGGGUCCCAUAUCGGACAGCAGCCCGGCUGGCAGCAGUAGCAAGAGUCAGGAUAAGGUCUUGCUGCCCCCAGAGCGGGAGUCCAGAUCCAUGGACUGGCCCACCUUCCUAAGAGAGAAUGUCAUCUACAUCCUGGCUGCUCGUCCUAACAGUGGAGCAAUUCACCUGAAGCCCCCAGGAUAGUGUGGGACGGAGACACACUUGGUUCCGGGACGGUGGCGAUCUUCUUCCUUCCCUUUUUCUUUCCUUCACCAACCUCUGGCACUGAGACUCACGGGAAUGGGGACACUGCCAGCAUCUUAAUUUGUCAUUAAGCUUUAUGGCACUGAAGCCACCGUUCCCCUCACAACAGAGGCAGUGUGCGCAUUGCCAUGCCGAGAAGCCCCGAGGGCUGUGGCAUCACCUGCUGCUGGACCACCUCCUCCUGCCAUCACUUCACAAAAACUACCUGCCACCUCAUGCACACAUGUGUGCAUACACACACACCACCACAAACAUGCCUAGGUACCCAUGCCUUCAAACUCCUGGUUCUUUUUUUUUUUUUUUUCCCCUAUGAAAAAGGACCAAAUUCCCUUUGUGAAACCCCUGGUAUAGAUGAGAUGGCCUCUCUCCA